AUGGCAGGAGCUGAGGAUCUUUUGUUUCAUGACGUUGUAUUCACCAUCUUUAGUGGUCCAACGAUCGGUCCAGAUCAAGAGGAGCGAUUGAUCCACCUCUUGACCAACAACGGCGCCACUUACAUCCCUCGCAAAGAAGAUGGCGCAGUCGACCAACUCAUCCGCCACACCCACAUUGUCACCGGCGACAUUGAAUUCCCCGAAUACUCCAGAGCCCUAGAAUACAACGUCCACGUCGUGCGACCAUCCUGGGUAGAGUCAAGUUACGAGAAGGGAAGACAGACACAACCGCGCCAGCACAGUCCAGACCCGUCUAUGUUCUUUAGAGAAGUCAUAGUCUCGUGUGCCGACUUGCCAGAGGGUGACAAGGAUGCUAUCAUUGCUGGAACUCUGGCUCUGGGAGGCUUGUACAGCGCUCCCUUGACGAAGCUGGUUACCCAUGUUGUGGCUAUGGAUACGAACAACGACAAAUGUCGGACAGUGCAGGCGAAGAAUCUGGCUUGCAAAAUGGUCUUGCCUCACUGGUUCGACGACUGCUUGAAACUCGGCAAGCUGAUUAACGAAGCCCCCUACCUCCUACCUGACCCCGAGAUCCUUCGUCCGAACUUCGAUGAACCUGUACGAGCAAGAUCGACGCCUGGUCUUGAUGGUGCUCUCUCGGCCGUGGCAGGAGCACCUCCAGCAUACAAUCCUCCCAUCUCACCCUCAGACUCUCGCAAGCAACUUGUCGUCUUCAGGGAUAAGAAGGUGCUCUUCUCCAAGGACCUGAACAUCAACGAUCAUCUGGCGAAAACAUUGCGACAGCUUGUAAGCCAGGCGGGUGGCUCCCUCACAACCAACGUCAAAGAGUGUGAUGUAUACAUUGGUCAUUACCGCGACGGCAUGGACUAUGUAGCAGCAUCGCGCGACGAUAAGGUUGUUGGAAACCUCGCUUGGUUCUACAACGUCAUCAAUCGUAACAAAUGGACGAAUCCCCAGGGUAAGCUUCUCCAUUAUCCAGUGCCUAGAGGCGGAAUUCCCGGGUUCCAGGACAUGAGAAUCAGUCUGUCAAACUACAGUGGAGAAGCUCGCAUCUACCUCGAGAAUCUGUGCAAGGAAGCAGGAGCAGAGUUUACAAAGACCAUGAAGCAAGACAACACACACCUGAUCACCGCUCACACGCACUCUGAAAAAUGCGAUGCCGCUCAAGAAUGGAACAUCGCUAUCAUUAAUCAUCUCUGGCUGGAAGAAAGCUAUGCAAAGUGUUCAGUACAAGCUCUAACUCACAAACGCUAUACCCACUUCCCACCACGAACAAACCUCAGCGAGAUUGUGGGUCAGACUCCAAUCGACAUCAGCAAAGUCCGCAAACUGUACUUUGCAAGUAAUGAAAAGACAAUCAAGGAUGCAGAGCCAGGCCAAAAGACACCGCAUCCCUUCCGCGGCGCAGUCAGAGCACCCGAUACGUCUCCUAGAAGAGACAUUGCAGCAUCAAGUGCAGCAGGAGCUAGAUCCUCCUUCGCUGCAACAGAUGCCAUGGAUAUUGAUACUAACGAGGACAACGAAGCCAGCGAGUUCCUUCCACACGCACCACAAACAGCCAAGAAGAGGAAAGCUCGCGUUGGUUCUGAUGCGGCUAUCGCGACCCCUUCGAUGUUGGACAAGCGCCAGGAUAGAGAGAAUAGUCCUCCCACUACCGGACGCGCAUCCAAGGAAAAAGCACUCGGCAACUUGCAUGCACUUAAGGAUGACGUUCUGUUAUAUGAACGCGAGAGGAAACGAAAAGGUGGUGUCAUUCAUGGCGGAAGGAAGACCGCUGAACCUGAAGAAGCUCCUGCAGCCAAGACGACCAAGGCUACUACAAGGAACAAACGCAAAAGCGAUGAUAUGGGUGACAGCCAUGCUGAGAUCAGCGAGACUGACAUUGCUGGUGUCAAGGGCAACAAGGCCAAGAAAGCAAAGACAGAUGCUGGACCCAAGGUUCUGUACACUAUGAUGGUAACAGGAGAUGAGCGAUGGUUGGGCAACAUGAAGAAAGAAGCUGCAGAAACUGCCAAACUACGAGCUCUAGGCAUAAAGUUGACUGCCGAGCCGGCAGAGUGUACUCUUCUGUGCGCACCACGCAUCCUUCGCACCAAAAAGUUCAUUGCCGCUCUUGCCAACAGUCCCGACGUAGUCACGAUUUCAUACCUCGACGCCGCGCUCUCAACCAAUACACUCCCCGACAUCAGUGAGCAUAAACUCGUCGACCGAGAAGCCGAGGAACGACUUGGAUUCCGCAUGGACGAAGCGCGCGAACGUGGAGAGACCAACGAGAAUCGUCUACUGCAUGGCUGGACCAUUUUCGUAACCGAGAAAGUCAGCGGCAAGUUCGAGACAUAUAAAGAGAUUAUCGCCAUCAACGGAGGAACAGCAGUACCCUACAAAGGCCGCACAAAUGUCAUUGCCGGACCGCGGAUCUCACCGUCUGAAGACCCUGACGCAGGACCGGAAGUAGAAAACCAGGGCGGCGAGGCGGAGCUGAACAGAGUGUACCUGAUUUCCAGCACUAGUGAUGAGGAAGUCAGGCUGUGGGACAAGUUUAGGGUUGAAGCGCAGAAGAAGGGUCUCGAGGCGAAGAUUGUCAAGACGGAUUGGUUGAUCAAUCUUGCCAUGAGUCAACAGGUUGAAUGGGAUGAAAAGUGGGAGCUGUUGGAAUCGCAGGUGCCUGGCUGGUCGAAGUAG